CCUUCAUCAUCCCCCCCAACAGCCAUAAAAGGCCUUACCCUCUUCACACCCCCAAAAAAAAUUCCAAUCCUCUCUCAACUCCCAAGAUUUGGCUUUGUGUCUUUGUGUGCUCAUUUUUCACUAAACACCAACCCAACCUCAUACACAAACAUUCUUAAUUUUGAUUUUUUGUUAUUAUUUUCUUUGUUUGUUAAUUACUUAUAUUAAGCAUCAUGGGAACCCCACAAUCCAAUAACUUGCCACCAGGUUUUAGGUUCCACCCUACAGAUGAAGAGCUCAUUCUUCACUACCUAAGGAAGAAGGUUGCCUCUAUUCCUUUGCCAGUUUCCAUCAUAGCUGAGGUUGAUAUCUACAAGUUUGAUCCAUGGGAGCUACCAGCUAAGGCCGAGUUUGGGGAGAAAGAGUGGUACUUCUUCAGUCCUAGAGACCGGAAGUACCCAAAUGGAGCAAGGCCAAACAGGGCAGCAGCUUCAGGGUAUUGGAAGGCCACAGGCACUGAUAAGAACAUAGUGGCAUCACUGCCAGGAGGAGGGGUUAGAGAGCACUUUGGUGUGAAGAAGGCUUUGGUGUUCUACAAAGGAAGACCCCCAAAGGGUGUCAAGACCAAUUGGAUCAUGCAUGAAUAUCGCUUUGUUGACACCAAUAGACCCAUUAGGAUCAAAGACACCUCCAUGAGGUUGGAUGACUGGGUUCUAUGCCGGAUAUACAAGAAGACCAAACAUGCUGUAUCUCCAACCACAGAGGCAGCAUCAUCAACACUGCAAGUGAUCAAUGAGCAAUUAGAUCAAGCAGAAGAAGAGGAGCAAAUCAAAGACAACCUUUUACCAAUUUUGAAGAACAACACUACUCUUGUCCCUCCUCAACAAACCACACUGCUCAUGUCUCAGAAAUCUUUAUCCUUUUCCAACCUCUUGGAUGCCACAGAUUACUCCAUGCUCAGCACCAUCUUAUCUGAGAAUAACCACUCCAAUAAUUACCUUACUCCAAGUGAAGCCUUAUUCAAUAAUUGUGAGAAUCUGGAUCAGGAAAUUACCCCCCAAAAUUACUACUACAACAACAACACCAAUAGCUACUUGUUUCAGAAGAACCCUUCCCACAUGGAAAACAUGGCUAGGCCAAAACGCCACCUUUCAAACAUGGAUCAUGAGGACAACAUGAUAUUAUACCCUUCAAAGAAAUAUCAAAGUUCCUCUUGCAAUUUUCCUAACUCUAAUCCACAAUGGAACUUCAUGUUCAAGCAGCCACUCAUGAGUCCUCAAUAUCUUCCAUUUCAGUGAUAAAUAGCCAAAAAUUAUACGAGUCACAUAAAGAAAAGAAAAGAAAAAAAAAAGGUUAGGGAGAAAAUAAAAAUGAAAAAAAGAAGUGAAAUAUCUACUAGUUGAAUGUGCCGUAUGGUAUCCACAACCUGUUCACUAGGUAAGGAUUAGCACACAGAAAUAUAGCAAUCAUUUUCUUUUACUUUUUCUUUCUUCCCUUGUUGAAAAAUGAUGAAAAGAGGUUUCAUUGGAUUAGUGAACUGUUUGGUACGGAAUCAGAAAGCAAGGUUCCACUGUUCAAGAGUCCAAAAAAAAAAAACCAUGUGGGGAAUCACAGACAAAUCGUGUACAAAUUAAAAUGUUAAUUUGUACGUGUUGGGUUGGGAAAUUAGUUUUAAUUAUCUGUACUUUUGUAGACUUGAUGGGAUUGGUUGUAUCAUGAUAUUAUUACAUUCUUAUUUGGGAAUGGCUUUAAAUUUUCUUUUGGAUUUGCAGUAUCACCAUUUGCCAUUUAUAUGUAUAACAGUGCACUUUUCAGUA